ACACCUCCAAACAUAAGUCAAAUUUUAAUACCUCAGUCCAUAAAUAAACUACCACCCCCCACCCCUAAACACACUAUUCCAUUCAUUACCUUCCUUCUCCAUCAAUCUUCCUAAUUUCUCUCUCAAUUUCCUCACUCCAUUAUAUAUAUACACUACACUCACAUAUUGGCUAUAUAUAUAUAAUCAAUCUCAUCAAACAACACAACCCUAGCUAGCAACUAGCAACUAGCAACAACACAACACAACACAACACCACCUUCAUUCAUUCAUUCUCUUUGUUCUUCUUCACCCAAUUCUGCUAAAACUACGCCGUUACUUCACGCCUCUCAUGCUCUUCACUCUCUGUUACUCUUCUACUUGCAACUACUUCACCUGAAAGAGAGAUAACGCUGUGAAAGUUAACGAUGUCAUCUCGCAUUGUGGCGGAGAAUGUCACUGAUGAUGCGACGUCGUAUCUAGACCUCAUGGAGCUCAGCGACCUCACGCGCCGCCCUGCCUCCGGCGACUUGCCGACGCUCGGGCAGCUCCUCAAGCACGUGGGAGACGCGCGUAAGGAGGCUGCCGGCGACGGCAGCGAGACGCCGCUGCACCACGCGCUUGAUGUUGUCGGGAUGGAGCCUCGCUCGCUGCCGUUUGUCCUCUCCUUCAGCAACCUCACCUACAGCGUUAAGGUGAAACGGAAGCUGAGCUUCUCAUCUAUCUUCCCUCGCCGCCGGAACCGACUGGGCGCGGUGGAGGAUGCACCGGCGGUCGAGGAGAGUGUUUUCUCCCGGACGAAGACUCUUCUGAAUGACAUCUCCGGUGAAGCGCGCGACGGUGAAAUCAUGGCGGUUCUCGGCGCUAGUGGCUCCGGGAAGUCAACACUAAUCGACGCGUUGGCUAACAGAAUUGCUAAGGGGAGGCUGAAAGGCACUCUGGCCCUGAACGGCGAGGCGUUGGAGUCGCGCCUGCUGAAGGUGAUUUCCGCUUACGUGAUGCAAGACGACCUCCUCUUCCCGAUGCUCACCGUCGAGGAAACUCUCACCUUCGCCGCGGAGUUUCGAUUACCUCGCACGCUCUCCAAAUCGAAGAAAAAGGCUCGAGUACAGGCCUUAAUCGACCAGCUAGGCCUUCGAAACGCGGCAAAAACUGUAAUCGGCGAUGAAGGCCACCGCGGAGUCUCCGGCGGAGAGCGCCGUCGCGUCUCAAUCGGAAUCGACAUAAUCCACGACCCGAUUCUGCUCUUCCUCGACGAGCCAACCUCCGGACUAGACUCCACCAGCGCGUUCAUGGUGGUGAAGGUUCUCCAGAGAAUCGCACAGAGCGGAAGCAUCGUGAUCAUGUCAAUUCAUCAACCAAGCUACAGAAUCCUUGGCCUCCUUGACCGAAUGAUCUUCCUCUCCCGCGGCCAAACCGUUUACAGCGGUUCUCCGACGCAAUUGCCGUCGUUCUUCGCCGAAUUCGGCCACCCGCUGCCGGAUAGCGACAACAGAACAGAGUUCGCGUUGGAUCUAAUUCGCGAUCUAGAAGGUUCCCCUGGCGGAACAAAAAGCUUGGUCGAGUUCAACAAAUCAUGGCAGAACAUGACCAAGGUUCACUCUCACUCUGUUUCAUCACAACCAGAACGCCCAAACGGCAUGUCAUUGAAGGAAGCAAUCAGCGCGAGCAUUUCGCGCGGGAAGUUAGUCUCCGGCGCGACCAACACCGCAACCACAACCCCGUCGUCGAUGGUUCCGACAUUCGCAAACCCGUUCUGGAUCGAGAUGGUAACUCUGUCAAAACGAUCGUUCACGGACUCAAGAAGAAAACCAGAGCUAUUCGGAAUUCGCCUCGGCGCGGUGAUGGUAACCGGUUUCAUCCUCGCCACCAUGUUCUGGAACCUCGAUAACUCUCCCAAAGGAGUUCAAGAGAGGCUCGGAUUCUUCGCGUUUGCUAUGUCCACCACCUUCUACACCACCGCCGACGCGCUCCCCGUGUUCCUCCAGGAACGGUACAUCUUCAUGCGGGAAACUGCUUACAACGCGUACCGGAGAUCCUCCUAUCUCAUCUCACACGCUCUGGUGUCAUUACCGCCGCUGGCGUUUCUCUCGCUCGCUUUCGCUGUUAUAACGUUUUGGGCUGUGGGCUUAGACGGCGGAGCUUCGGGCUUUUUGUUUUAUUUUCUGAUCAUCUUCGCUUCUUUCUGGGCUGGAAACUCGUUCGUCACGUUCCUAUCCGGUGUAGUACCUCAUGUGAUGCUUGGUUACACCAUUGUUGUUGCAAUUCUAGCUUAUUUCUUGCUGCUUAGUGGAUUCUUCAUCAACAGGGACAGGAUUCCGAGCUACUGGAUUUGGUUCCAUUACUUGUCUCUAGUGAAGUAUCCUUAUGAAGCUGUGUUGCAGAACGAGUUUGAUGAUCCUGUGAAGUGUUUUGUUAGAGGGGUGCAGAUUUUUGACAACAGUCCACUGAGGUCAGUGCCGUAUGAGCUGAAAUUGAAGCUUCUGGGGAGCAUGAGCGGCACGCUGGGGACGAACAUCACGGCCACGACGUGCUUGACGACGGGUGCUGAUAUAUUGCAGCAGAAUGGGGUGACGGAGUUGAGCAAGUGGAACUGUUUGUGGAUCACUGUGGCUUGGGGAUUCUUCUUCAGGUUUUUGUUCUACUUGGCUUUGUUAGUGGGUAGCAAGAACAAGAGGAGUUGAUGAUGGAUUGUAGUUAAGUUAAUUAACCUAUAAGAUCAGGAAAAAAAAAAUGUUUGGGUUUCGGUUUUAAUCGGUUUGAAUUUGUGUAUCAUUAUAUGAUAAUAAAUUUUUUUUCUCUA